GACUAGGAAAUGCAAAGCUCUCGUUUUUCACUUCUAUCUCAUAACAAAAGAAGUUAGAAGCAGGACAUGGUUACAGUGAUUGGAAAGACUAAAAUCUAGUCGGGUAGAAAAACCGUCAAUGUUGUUAUAAAAGCACAGAGCAUAGGGAUAGGCUGUCUUAUUUACUGGGCAUGCUGAUACCUAUCCUACCGGCUGACUACAGGAAGUGUACAGUAAGUUAUCUUUUGUAGACGAGAGAACUUGGAUUGUCGUUUGGGUCCCCCAAUUACACGUAAGAUCUAGAGUAACGCUGACUUAUUGAUAUAUCGGUAGUUUUUUUGGAGAACGAUAUGGUUACAAGUUGUUGUGCCAGCCAGAACGCAGCGGUGGCAUAUGGAAUAAAGGCAACGAUGUAGAUGUUAGAUAACACAAGUUAAGAGUUCUUUGUCCUCGCAAUGGAAAUAAAUACAUUGAGAGUAGAGUCAAGUCUGUGGAUAGGAGAUAAGCGAUACCGGGCAGCUCUCAGUGGCUGGUACUUCAGCUGGACUGAGCUGGACAAGAAGAACAGGGAAAAGAAAACAGUUUCAGUGCGAGUGGCAGAGGUGAUUGGAGUUGAAGAUGGGCGAGUGGAGAUUCAGCCCCAGAAGAAAGUGGAAGACACGGAGCGGGACUUCACCUUAUUUUAUGUGAAGCGCAGCGGUCGUGGAAGCGGACAGGGAGUGCUGUGGAGUUUGGGCAGGACCCAGUUCAGCUGUCCCAGCCGAGACCUCCGAGACCAGUGGGUCACACAAGUUCGGACGGCCCUCAAAACCCACAGUCCCUCUCGCCCUCACAGACUGCUGGUGUUCAUUAAUCCAUUUGGAGGGAAGAAGAGAGGGAAACAGAUCUACCACUCCUUGGUGGCUCCCCUCUUCGAGCUGGCUGGCAUCAGCUCUCAUGUUGUGGUUACAGAACGGGCCAACCAGGCGAGAGACCAUAUCCUGAAGAAAGACCUCACAGGCUUUGAUGGGGUGGUGUGUGUGGGCGGAGAUGGAAUGUUCAGCGAGCUGCUGCAUGGCGUGAUUGGGCGAACUCAGCAGGAGGCGGGCCUCUCUGAGCAUGACCCCAGCGGAGUCCUUCAGCCUUGUGACCUGCACAUCGGGAUCAUUCCAGCAGGUUCCACAGACUGUGUGUGUUUCGCCACAGUUGGCGUGAAUGACCCUGUUACCUCGGCUCUCCAUAUCAUCAUUGGAGACUCUCAGCCCCUGGAUGUGUGUGCUGUGCAUCACAAGGCCUCCCUGGUGCGCUACUCCGUGUCCCUGGUGGGCUACGGCUUUUACGGGGACGUGCUAGCGGAGAGCGAGAGACAUCGUUGGAUGGGCCCGCUUCGAUACGACUACUCAGGGGCCAUGGUGUACCUGUGUAACCGGAGCUAUCAGGGCACUGUGCAGUUCCUGCUUGCUGAUCCUGGCCUCUCCAGCCCAAGGGACAAAACCCGCUGUCUCUCCGGGUGCCGUGUGUGUUCAGAGAGCACAGAGAGGCUCUUCCCGCUCUCAGACAGCUGCUCCCUGUACAGUGACAAGCUCAGCCAGUACAGUGACCAAUCAGAAGGUGAGUGGAUGACCGUGUCCGGCCGCUUCAAGUGCAUCUCCCUCACGUGCAUGUCCAGCUCCUGUCCCAAGAGUCCUCUGGGCCUCUCGCCGUCAGCACACCUGGCUGACGGGACAGGUGACCUUAUCCUGGUGCGGGACACGCACGCUCUGGGCUUCCUCACCUAUCUACACCGCCACACCACCUCACAGGACCAGUUUGACCUGCCUUUCGUGGAAGUGCACCGGGUCAAGGCCGUGAAGUUCACUCUCCCCCUGGAUGAAGACUCUGAAGAGGCCGAAGAGUACGAGAAGCCGGAGCAGAGCGCGGAGGUGGAGCUGGAGCAUCCGGACACGCCGUGUGUGCACGAGUCCAGCAAGAGCGGCUCCCAGCAGCACCUGGCCUGCACCGCCAAGGAGCGCGGGUCGCCGGGCAAGGGGAAGAAGAGCGACUUCCUCUGCGGCCUCUGCUGCAGCAGCAAGCCUCGGGCCGUGUCGGUGUGGAACUGCGACGGAGAGAUUCUGCCGCACACGGAGAUCUCAUGCAGGGUGCACGGGCAGCUGGUGAGACUGUAUGCGCGGGGCAUCGAGGACGAGGCCAGGGCAAUGGGCCUGUGCGAAGACAGCAGAGACUGCAAGGGCAAAUGUAUGCUACACAGUCGAUGACGUUCCCCGUUUCUGUGACCUACAUGGGCCAAUCCACUGAUGAACCAGGCUGAAUAUGUGAUGGUGAAGGUACAACAGAUGGCCAAUUCACUCCUUCAAUUUCAGAGUGUUUCUCUCCCGUCACAGUAAUGGCACCAGAUUUCUGUUAGCAUCUUAAAAUGUUACAUUUUUACAGACUGCAUUAAUCUUAUACUGUAUGUGUUGCUACAUUCUUCAAUGUUGUGUAGAUAUUCUAUUUAGCUGUGUCAUGGUUUGAUCCACUGGUAGGUCUAAUGCACAUUGUACCCUUACCAGUACCACAGCGUUAUUGUGUGUCAAUAGAACUUUUACAUGGCUUAUAUAUUAAAGUGUCUUUCUUAUCUUGUUUUAAAUUAUACACCACAAGUUGGUAUGAGGUAGCAAAAGCUUUUUUUAUUUUUAAUUCAGCAGAAAGUAUAUAGGAAAAAAUGUACAUGGUUUUGACAGUGCAGCAUGAAAGAAAAUAAUAAAAACUGUCAAACUGCA